GACUUCUUUGGCUCCGCCUCCUAGUCAUUUCAUUUUCCUUAGAAGGCUCUUUCUCUCCCUGACACUGUCUAUCUGUCUGUCUGUCUGUCUGCCUGUCUUUCUGACUUUCUCCCUCGAAGAAAGUCUGUGUACAAGACAGAAGGACGCGGGAUGGUCCAGAGACGCUAAGAGCCAGGGAGAGAGACUCCCAGGCCCACGGCAGCCCAGGGAAAGCCAGCCAGCCAGCAAACUUCCCGUUGGACCUCCGCGGUGGGGGCAGAGAGCUCUGAAUCGACAGAGCAGACGUGUGUGUGCUCAUGUAUGUGUGAACGGAAGGAGAUGAGGAGGAGCCCUUGAAACCGAGGUUUAUCUUUCAUCUUCGCAGAGGGGAAAAAAAUGCAACUUGAGAGAUGGAGGUUCUCCGGCGCUCAUCAGUGUUCGCUGCGGAGGUGAUGGAGGUGUUUGACCGCUCCCCCACGGAUAAAGAGCUGGUGUCCCAGGCCAAAGCCCUGUGCCGGGAAUACAUUCACUCCCGGCUCAUCCGGGCCGGGCUGGUCUGGAGCAAGCCCGAGUACAAGGCGCCGACGCCCGGUGGGAAGCUGGCCGAGAUUUCCAGCAUCCUCCUCCGGCUGGGGGAUGAGUUGGAAUACAUCCGCCCCAAUGUCUACCGGAACAUCGCUCGGCAGCUCAACAUCUCCCUGCAGUCGGAGACCGUGGUGACAGACGCCUUCUUGGCCGUGGCCACACAGAUUUUCGCCGCAGGAAUAACAUGGGGCAAAGUGGUCUCCCUCUAUGCGGUGGCAGCAGGGCUGGCUGUGGACUGCAUGAGGCAGGCACAACCAGCCAUGGUCCACACCAUCGUGGACUGCCUGGGAGAGUUUGUCCGGAAGACGCUGGUGACAUGGCUCAAGAGACGAGGAGGAUGGGCAGACAUCAUGAAGUGUGUGGUGAACACGGACCCCAGCCUUCGAUCCCACUGGCUCGUGGCAGCCCUCUGCAGCUUCGGUCACUUCCUGAAGGCCAUCUUCUUUGUCCUGUUACCAGAGAGAUGAAUGCCUGGUGCUGUCUGGGCCUUGGGGCCAGGUCUCCCCUUCCCCAGCCAGAGCAGGGCUGCCCCUGCGCAUCCUAGACUAUGGCGAUGGGAAGGAGCAGGGGAGAGUGCUUCUCUCUCUCCAGCUGGGAAUACUUGGGCCUGGUUCUAAAAUGUCUUUCACUUCGGGAACAGGUGGCUAUCUCCACCUGGGAGCAAGCCUUCGAAGGAUCUCAUUUCCCUCCCUAGCCGGGAGAUGUCAGAGGGAUACAGAGUGAGGAGGUUCUGGGAAGCUGCUGGACCGGCUUCCUCCGAUGCUCAGCACUCAGCCACAUCUCUCCGAGCUACAAAGGGACUGUCUCCUCUGUCCCACAAUCCUUUGGCUGCUUUCUUGUUUCUCCUCCUUCCUACAGUGUCAAUGGUCAGCUUUCUCUUUUUAAAGCCACCUUCUUCUCCCCUUUCCUUCCCCCUCCCCCCCCCAUUCAGUGAGUGGCAGGUCCUCAUCCCCUUCUCUUGGGUUGCUGUAAUUGGGGUCUCGUCUCUUAUCCCUCCUCUAAAUAGCAGACUAAAAGGCUUCCUAAGACCGGGGUUGACUGUGGCCGUCCCUCCCUCAGGACCCAUUUGGAAGCUCCCUCCUGUCUCUGAGAUAAUUCCUUCACCUGGCUUCUGUUUUGACAUCACAGUUAUGCACAGUUGCCUGUACCCAGUGAACCUUCCCUUUGCAUAAAGAGCAUCAGUUAAGAAAAAUGAAUUGACAUUAAAUUAAUGGUGUCUGCCAUCUUAUGCAGCAUUCUGCACCCAUGGUCUCCCACCUCUCCAAGGAACGGAGGGAGGAGCAUUUCUUCAUCUCUUUCUUUUCCAGACACAGUCACAUGGGUUCCCAUCAUGCCCUCUAUACUCCAGCCAAACUGGACUUCUUAGUCAUUCCCCUGAAUCUCCCACCUCUGUGCAUUUGCUGUAUGGAAUGCACUCCUUCCUCAUUGUCCCCUUUUAGGAUCCGUUCCUUGCUAGCCUUUCCUGAUCCUCCCCUCCCCACUCAGUCCUUGCUGUUCUCACUCUUUAUUGACUUUGUAUUUAUUUAUGUGUGUACAUGUGAAAUCCUCUUAGGGGAAUGGAAGCUCCUUGAAGGCAGGGGCUGUUUUACUUUUGCCUUUAGACCCCAGCACCUAGUGCAUAGUAGGUGCUUAAUAAAUGCUGGCUGACUGAUCCCCACCUUUCUUCAAACUCCCUCCCCCUUCAAAUUACCUUGUGUCUCGCAUUUACUUAUUCGGGUAACUUGUAUCUCUGAGUAGAACGUAAACUCCCUGAGGACAGAGAUUGUUUUCAUUUUCCCUCCUGCCCCUGGCACCUAAUAAAUGUUUGUUGAAUGAAUG